UGGAGCACGGGGCUCAAAGAAGAACACACUUCUCACUAGAUUGAACGGCACUGAUCAUAUGCACGGAUUUACCAUCUGAUCGCACUUUGUGGCUUUGGAUCAUACAUUCCUCCUGUAUGUUUCGUGCAGCGUCUUUACGGUUAUGAUCGACAGCUAUAUGAAAGCCUACUAUGAACAAUCUCUAAGUAAAAAACUACUUUACGCCUCCAGUUUCACAAGAAUGGUUUUAUUGUUCGGCAUGCGGAGAUUUCGCGUUUAACGAUCAGUUUUUGGCAAUUAUAGAAUAACUAUCACAUCGAAAUAGUUUCGCUUUAAUUUGAACGCACUGUGGCUAGCCAAAUGUGCAUCCGCAUUGCGCACAGAAAAAGUUUAUGUGAUCAGAUUUCCUUGAGUUUGUGAGACUGUUAUCUUGGGAUGGUUGCAGCUGUCUCGUAGAAGAAGUGAGAUCAACACUUUGACUGGCAACAAAGAAAAUGUAGCGAGUUUUAAGUAACAUCUUAUCGGUGGAGCUGCUUCUUUGCGCUAUAAAGCAUCGGAAACUUGCCGUUUAGUCGACCGAUAUCGAAAAGCUGGAGAAGAGAUGGAAAACAAAGGAGGAUAUUCGACCUUUUCUUUUCGGACUGGAAGUGUUAAAUCUUAAAAAUCAGUCAGUAUUUUGACCAUGACUUAAAAGUGCUGACCUGUGUCUUUGACUGUUUGUUUUGAUGGCUAUCGACGAAUAUUUGUGUCAAAGAUCGAGAGGCAGCGUUUAGGUAAAAACAACAACCACGUAAGGCUUCUGGGCUAUUUAUAUGCUAAUUGAACCCCCUUUUCUCGCCUUGUGUAUUCACAACGAAGAAAGGAGUAAUGUCGGUGGGCGCUACUUGUGUCCUUUUCCUGGCUUUUGUGCUGCUUCGAGGCGCGAGCUCUGCAGGAUCAUCUGAAUGCAAAUCAUACGAUGAACGCUCCAGAAAUGCAGGGAAAAGCUCCCCGUCUGGGGCCACACUGGACAGGAAAGUGGUCUGCAGCAAUAUGGAACUCCAUCAGGUGCCUUCUCCAGAAUCAUUUCCCAACAGAACAGUCUCACUGAUUUUGAGCAACAAUAAAAUCCAGAAACUUCUGAACGGCUCCUUCACUGGUUUGUCAUCAUUGGAAAGACUGGACAUAAAGAACAACAUAAUCACGCAUAUUGAACCUGGAGCUUUUUAUGGACUUUAUGCCCUCAAAAGACUUGACUUAUCCAAAAACCUGGUUGGCUGCCUCCACGUGGACGUUUUUAAGGGUCUCACAAACCUUGUUAAACUUAAUCUUUCAGAGAACAAGUUUUCAUCGCUGUCUCAAGGGAUCUUUGACAGUCUUGGUGCUCUGAAAAUACUGGAGUUUGAUAGCCCUUAUCUCCUGUGUGACUGUAACCUUCAAUGGUUGGUGGUCUGGAUAAAAGAGAAGGGGGUGGGCGUGAAGGAAACAUGCUGCUCUUUCCCUCGCUCCCUACAUGGUCAGCUUAUAAUCUCACUCAGACCUGAAACACUCACCUGUGAUGCCCCUUUGGAGCUUCCCUCCUUCCAAAUGACUCCAUCCCAGCAUCAGAUUGUCUUCCAGGGAGAUAGCCUGCCAUUCCAGUGUAUGGCCUCUUUUGUGGAUGAGGACAUGCAGGUUCUGUGGUAUCAGGAUGGAAAGAUAGUGGAACCUGAUGCCACUCAGGGUAUCUACAUAGAGAAAAGCAUGGUGCAAAACUGCUCCCUAAUAGCCAGUGCUCUGACCAUCUCCAACAUCCAGCCGGGAUUCACAGGAAACUGGGAGUGCCGUGUGCGCACCAGUCGAGGCAACAACACUAGGACGGUCCACAUUGUGGUUUUGGAGAGUUCUGCCAAGUACUGCUUGCCAGAUCGGGUGUCAAACAACAAAGGAGAGUAUAGAUGGCCCCGUACACUGGCUGGCAUCACAGCAUACAUGCCCUGUAAGCGUCAAGUGACUAGUGCUGGCAUCUAUUCGGGCAGCUCUGCAGAAGACCGGCGGGCGUGGAGACGGUGUGACCGGAGUGGGCAGUGGGCAGAAGAGGACUACUCACGCUGUGAAUAUAUGAAAGACGUCACACGUGUGCUGUAUAUCAUUAACCAGAUGCCUCUAAACCUGACCAAUGCAGUUCAGACCACACAGCAGCUGUUGGCAUACACUGCAGAGGCGCCCAACUUCUCAGACAAGGUGGAUGUGAUCUUUGUAGCAGAGAUGAUUGAGAAGAUUGGCAAGUUUGCAGAGAAGUAUAAAGAGUUGGGAGAUGUGAUGGUGGAUAUCUCCAGUAAUCUGAUGCUGGCUGAUGAGCGAGUGUUAUGGAUGGCCCAGAGGGAGGCCAGAGCUUGUUCACGUAUCGUUGAAUGUCUUCAGAGGAUUGCUGUUCUCCGCCUCAGUAAUGGGGCCCUUGCUUAUUCUACUAACUCUCAUAACAUUGCUUUGGAGGCUCAUGCAAUCAAGGCCAGCAGCUUCAAUGGCAUGACCUGCACGUUGUUCCAGAAGGUGGCACCAGACCGUACAGUCAUGGCCCACUUCACUCCCAGAGACCCCGACAUGAACCUAGAACGUCAGCUCAACUUCAAAUGCAACGUCACCAGCAACCUGUCAGCACUGGCUCUCAAGAACACCAUUGUGGAGGCGUCACUACAGCUUCCCCCGUCUCUCUUCUCAUCUCUGGGAAACUCGGGCCAGGCAGAAGAGGCUGUCUACAAGCUCCACCUGCUAGCCUUUCGCAAUGGCAAACUCUUCCCACCAACUGGCAACUCCACCCUCCUCAGUGAUGGCAGCAAGAGAAGAAGUGUGGUCACCCCUGUGAUCCUCACAAAGAUUGAGGGCUUCCCACUGAAGAACCUGCAGAAUCCAAUGAAUGCCACUCUCAGACGCUUUCUGCAGGGCUCAGAUGCGGUGCCCGCCUACUGGAACUUCAGUCUACUGGGGGGACAGGGCGGCUGGCAGAGUGAUGGCUGCCGGGUCAUCCAUCAAGACGACAACUUCACCACCAUGUCUUGCGAUUCACUUAAUAACUACGCUUUACUGAUGGAUCUCAAAAGGACCGGGAACGAUGCGUACAGCUUCAAGCCUCUUCACCCUGUUAUCUACGCCACAGCCAUCGUACUGGUGCUUUGCCUGCUGUCAGUCAUAGUCAGUUACAUCUACCAUAACAAGUCAGUGCGCAUAAGUAAGAAGUGCUGGCACAUGCUGGUGAACCUGUGCUUGCAUAUCCUCCUCACCUGUGCUGUGUUUGUGGGCGGCAUCAACCAGUCAUACAACGCAAGUGUUUGCCAAGCGGUGGGGAUAGUACUGCAUUACUCCACACUGGCUACAGCGCUAUGGUCAGGAGUGACUGCACGCAACAUCUACAAGCAGGUGACUCGCAAGGCCAAACGCUAUGAAGAGUUGGAUGAGCCUCCACCUCCACCCAGGCCGAUGCUGAGAUUCUACCUAAUAGGAGGAGGCAUACCAAUCAUUGUCUGUGGAAUAACAGCUGCUGCUAACAUCAAAAACUAUGGCAGUCAAGUCAAUGCACCUUACUGUUGGAUGGCAUGGGAACCCAGUCUUGGUGCUUUUUAUGGACCGGCAGCCUUCAUAGUUUUUGUGGACUGCAUGUACUUCCUCAGUAUUCUCAUUCAGCUCCGUCGACACCCUGAGCGCCGUUUUGAACUCAAAGAACAAUCUGAGGAGCAGCAGCGUCUCUCGGUUGCCGAGGCAACUGAAAUUACGCCUGCCCACCUGGAGUCCUCAUCUGCAGCAGCCACUCAACCGGUAUUGAUGGCCGCGUUGGAGAAUGAACAUACUUUUGUGGCCCAACUCCUUGGUGUUGCAGGGUCCCUUGCUCUUUAUGUAGCACUGUGGGUGUUUGGUGCUCUCGCCGUGUCCCAGGAGCGCCCAGCUGACUUGGUGUUUGCUUGCCUGUUCGGGGCCUCUGCUUUGGCCCUCGGGGCAUUUCUUGUGGCCCACCACUGCAUGAAUCGGCAAGACAUGCGUCGUCAUUGGUCACAGGCAUGUUGCCUGGGCCGACAGAACUAUGCCGUACAGGUUGAUGCUUUGCUUGUGCCUGCUUCGGGGUCUAGUGGAUCUCUUUUGACGUCCAGAGGAAAUGGCGAGGCUGCCAAGUUCCCUGCCAGCAGUGCUGAGUCUUCAUGCACCAAUAAGAGUGCACCAAGUCUCCGUAACUCCACCCAGGGUUGUAAGCUGACCAAUCUACAGGUAGAAGCUGCCCAGUGCAAAGCGGCCCCUUCAGCUGCCAAUGGGGCCGCCUUACUGGACAACAGCCUGACGGAGCAUUCAGUGGACACAGAGAUUAAGAUGCAUGUUGCACCUGUUGAGGUCCAGUAUCGACCUAGCUCUGUCAACAACAACAAUCAUCCAGGAAUGGGCAAUGCGAACAUCAAUGGCCACUCAGGACGAAAUCACAAGAACAGAGCGCGAGCACAUCGCGCCAGCAGGCUCACGGUUUUACGUGAGUACUCUUAUGACGUCCCCACCAGCGUCGAGUGCAGCAUGCAAAGCGCCCCCCAAAAGCGCCACCACCAUCACGAGAGUCUGCAUGCACGCAAUAGCCGACGGGCAGCGUACCUGGCUUACCGCGAGCGGCAGCAGAGCCAGCUUCAACAAGACAGCAGCGAUGCCAGUGCGAGUUUACCCCGCCGGUCGCGCCAUAUUGAUAAGCGGGCCAGCAAAGGUGGAGGCACCCAUUUGGGCAACGGCCUUGGUAAUAGUUUUGGGCAUGGACUUAGCAGCAGCUUAGGCAAUGGAGUGAGUAAUGAGGCCAUAAUCGGAGUAGGGGAGGGGUUGGGGACUUAUGUCACCAGCCAAACUAGAGACUGUCCAAAACAUCCCCUCCCUGUUGAACUGGAGGUACAGCCCAAGUCCUAUGGGUUGAAUCUAGCAUGCCAAAAUGGACCUGCCAAAGACUCAGAGAGACUACAGAAUGUGUCGCCUCUGAACAUGGAGAGUCCUGGCAAUAUUAAGACUGGCUUGUGGAAAAAUGAAACUACUGUGUAGCAAGAUUCCCUCCUGGAAGACUACAUAUCAAAACGUUUACCUAUGUAACUGUGAAUCCUGUAUUUUGUUAUUUUAAUCCAAAUGGUACAGUUUGUAAAAAAAAUAGUUUUCAAAAGAAUUUGCAUUUUAAUUGUUUAUAUUCAAAAUACAAAGAUAUAUAGUUUCCCACAUGGCUGCGAAUCAUAAUGCUCUAUUUUUGUAUCAUAUAGGCCCAUUUUGUAUUUCAUUCUUACAUUUAUAUGUGAAUAUGCAUGAUGUGCUGCUGUCCUUUAAAAAUAUAGUGGGUUAAUCCUUUACUGUAUAUCCCUAGUCAAAAAAAAAAAAAGUACUUUUGAGAAUUUCUAUCAUAAUUUGUAAAGAUCUUAAAGGGUAUUUACUUGUAGGAUUUCAACAGAACACAAAACAUCAACUAGAUCUUUUCUAACACUUAGCUCCCAAUAGGACAAUUAGGUUCAUAAAAUGGAAAUGCCCCUGUAGAACAUCACAAUAAUAUAAAGAAACUCUUUGGGGAUUUUACAGUUCCUUUAACUGUCUUUUAACACACAUUAUUUCAAUACAAUGCAUGUAGGUUUGUGAUAAAUUACCCAUCCAAAAGGGCUCUAAGAAUUCUAUAAGAAUCACGUCCACACUAAUAUUCUUUUGUUUGACCUCAUCAAAACUGGAAACAUAUUGGAUGUGGCCUAAAAAUCCUAUAAGAACCAUAUAAGAUGCCAUUUAAGAACUGAUUCUCAGCUCAUUUUUAUUUGAUUCCAAUAGCAUCCUUUAAGAUUGGUUCAGAAUUAUGGUGAAAUUCCACUAGGAAUACUGUACACAUUCCUUUAGGAUUUGUUGACUAGGUAUCUUCAAUUGUGUUUUCACAAAAUAAAGAAGAUUGUGUUUAUUUGCAGCUAUAAUAAUAAUAAUAAUAAUAAUAAUAAAACACUUUUCACAGUGCACUUCAUCUAAUAUACGAGUUCUAAAGGGAGUUAAACCCUUCAUUGAGAACUUCCUCUUAGCUCUGUGGUUUCGAGUAAUUGGAACACAUUGUACCAUUGCGUCUGCUUCAUGGAAAUCACAGGCUCUAAUUGAGGUGCAGGUCUUGAUCUCUGUGUUGUGGUGGAAUCAGUUCGAUGGGCAAUGUCAAGAAAUUCUGGGCUGCUGCCUCCAGUGUUGGAUGCCCACGCAGUGAUUGAUGGCUGACUCUCAGAUCGGGCUGCCUCUCAUCAUUAGUAGUGACGGAGAUAUAAUUGCUGUUGUGCAAUCUCACCUCUCCUACCCCCUUCUUGUCUAACUUGCCAUAAGUCUGUCGAGCUCUUAUCAGCAGGGCAAUACAGGACUCUGUGUGUGUGUGUGUGAAGGAAAAUAGAAAAAUGCUUUAUUCACACACACAUGUUGCUAAGAAUUGUGGAUCAGCAUCAACUCUUGUUGUGUCUUUUUUUAACAACCGAAACUUUGUAAGUUAAGUGGUGCUAAUGAAGUCCAUUGGGGUUUUGCUUUGUUAAAUUAGGCAAGAUUUCAAUUGUGUUCAAGACAGUGAAGGAUACUGAGAUUAUUGCUUUCAUAAAUUGGAGAUAGAUAUGGUUUUGCACUAGAUAUAGAGCUUGUUGUAGACAUAUUGAGCAUUUUUCCUGCGGUAAAACAGUGCCUGCCUAGACAGAAAUAUAAAAGUUAAUAAAGGAAGACUCUCAAAUGAA